GUUCGCAACGAAAAAAGAAAAAAAAUUAAGUGUCGAAUUUAAGAAAAAUUUAAUAGUAAACAAAAGUUGAAUCUAUUCGAUUUGCAAACAUUCAUUACGAAAUGUUGCAAAGACCAAGCUCUGAAUCAAACAAAGCCGAAAGUACGUUCAACAAGUGAAAACGCCUAUUAACAAAGAUUCAUACAAUGAUAAUACAAACACUUACCUAAAGUCGUGGCCAACCAAUUGCAAGCAUUCAAAGUAAGAAAAGACGAUGUAUGGGUUAUAGCAUUUCCAAAAUCAGGCACAACAUGGACCAUGAACAUUGUUUGGCAACUAAAACAUGGAUUAGACUUUUCAAAAGAACCGGUACUCCCACAUAUUUUGAACGUGAUGCAUUUUUAGUUGAUUAUGGCCAACUUGAGAAACUGAAUAACACACCAUCACCGCGAGCUAUAAAAUCACAUUUGCCACUACAUCUGUUGCCAGUAGAUUUGUGGAGAGUACAACCGAAAAUUAUUUAUAUUGCACGCAAUCCAAAAGAUGUGGCCGUGUCAACGUUUCAUAUGAUAAGUGAUGGACACAAAAUAUUUUCGGGAUCCAUUGAAGAUUAUUUCGAUUUAUUCAUGGAUAAUAGGACUUUAUUUGCUCCACAUUAUGCACACGUUCUUGCCUAUUGGGAGCUUCGAAACUGGGAUAAUUUUCUAUUUUUAACUUAUGAGCAACUUUUAAAUGAUCGAUUUGAUGAAGUUAAGAAAAUCGCCAAAUUUCUCGAAUCCAAAUAUGGAGAAGAUGAACUAAAACAACUCACCGAAUAUGCUUCAUUUGGCAAUAUGCAGAAAUUACACAUUCCAAAAAAUGAUUAUCAGUUCUUUCGAAAAGGAAAGGCCGGUGGAUUCUUUGAUGAGAUGACUGAGAAUUAUAUCAAGAAAUUUGAUGAAUGGACCACUGUUCAUUUCAAAGACUCGGAUUUUAAAUUCGCCAUUUGAAUUAAUACGAAGAACAGAAAUUGAAACAACCACAGUCUAAGUUUGGAUCUACUGGCCAGGUAAAGUUCAUUUGCAGCGAUACACUAUA